AUGGAGCGAAGAGCCUGGACUCUGCAGUGUACUGCUUUCGCUCUCUUUUGCGCUUGGUGUGCAUUGAACAGUGUAAAAGCCAAGAGGCAGUUUGUGAAUGAAUGGGCGGCAGAGAUCCCCGGGGGACCGGAGGCAGCUUCGGCCAUAGCCGAGGAGCUGGGCUAUGACCUUUUGGGUCAGAUUGGAUCACUUGAAAAUCACUACUUAUUCAAACAUAAAAACCAUCCCCGAAGGUCUCGAAGGAGUGCCCUUCAUAUUACUAAGAGGUUAUCUGAUGAUGAUCGUGUGAUAUGGGCUGAACAACAGUAUGAAAAGGAGAGAAGUAAACGUUCAGUUUUAAGAGACUCAGCACUAAAUCUCUUCAAUGAUCCAAUGUGGAAUCAGCAGUGGUACUUGCAAGAUACUAGGAUAACUGCAGCCCUGCCCAAGCUGGAUCUUCAUGUGAUACCUGUUUGGCAAAAAGGCAUCACAGGCAAAGGAGUUGUUAUCACAGUACUGGAUGAUGGCUUGGAGUGGAAUCACACAGACAUCUAUGCCAAUUAUGAUCCAGAGGCUAGUUAUGAUUUUAACGAUAAUGACCAUGAUCCAUUUCCCCGUUAUGAUCCGACAAAUGAGAACAAACAUGGGACCAGAUGUGCAGGAGAAAUUGCCAUGCAAGCAAAUAAUCACAAGUGUGGGGUCGGAGUUGCAUACAAUUCCAAAGUUGGAGGCAUAAGAAUGCUGGAUGGCAUUGUGACUGAUGCUAUUGAAGCCAGUUCAAUUGGAUUCAAUCCCGGACAUGUGGAUAUUUACAGUGCCAGCUGGGGCCCAAAUGAUGAUGGAAAAACUGUGGAGGGGCCUGGCCGACUAGCCCAGAAGGCUUUUGAAUAUGGUGUCAAGCAGGGGAGACAAGGAAAGGGCUCCAUCUUUGUGUGGGCUUCUGGGAACGGGGGGCGUCAAGGGGAUGACUGUGACUGCGAUGGCUACACGGACAGCAUCUACACCAUCUCCAUCAGCAGCGCCUCGCAGCAAGGCCUGUCGCCCUGGUACGCCGAGAAGUGCUCCUCCACCCUGGCCACCUCAUACAGCAGCGGGGAUUACACCGACCAGCGAAUCACAAGCGCCGACCUGCACAAUGACUGCACCGAGACCCACACGGGCACGUCGGCCUCUGCACCCCUGGCUGCUGGCAUCUUCGCCCUGGCUCUGGAAGCAAAUCCAAAUCUCACGUGGCGAGACAUGCAGCACUUGGUUGUCUGGACCUCUGAGUAUGAUCCAUUGGCCAAUAACCCUGGAUGGAAAAAGAAUGGAGCAGGCUUGAUGGUGAAUAGUCGAUUCGGAUUUGGGUUGCUAAAUGCCAAAGCUCUGGUGGAUUUAGCUGAUCCCAGGACCUGGACCAGUGUGCCUGAGAAGAAAGAGUGUGUUGUUAAGGACAAUAACUUUGAGCCCAGAGCUCUGAAAGGUAAUGGAGAAGUUAUCAUUGAAAUUCCAACAAGAGCUUGUGAAGAACAAGAAAAUGCCAUCAAGUCCCUGGAACAUGUGCAAUUUGAAGCAACAAUUGAAUACUCCCGAAGAGGAGACCUUCAUGUUACACUCACUUCUGCUGCUGGGACCACCACUGUACUGUUGGCUGAAAGAGAGAGGGAUACAUCUCCUAAUGGCUUCAAAAACUGGGAUUUUAUGUCCGUUCACACCUGGGGAGAGAAUCCCAUAGGCACCUGGACCUUGCGAAUUACAGACGUGUCUGGAAGAAUGCAGAAUGAAGGAAGAAUUGUUAACUGGAAGCUGAUUUUGCAUGGGACUUCUUCUCAGCCAGAACAUAUGAAACAGCCUCGUGUAUACACAUCCUACAACACCGUUCAGAAUGACAGAAGAGGAGUGGAGAAGAUGGUCGAUCCGGGGGAGGAGCAGCCCACGCAAGAUAACCUGAAAAAGAACCCCCUCGAGUCAAAAAGCCCCAGUGGCAGCAGUUCAGGGGGCAGAAGGGAUGAGCUGGUGGAGGCAGCCCCAUCUGAGGCUAUGCUCAGACUCCUACAAAGUGCUUUCAGCAAAAACUCACCCCCAAAGCAAUCACCAAAGAAGUCUCCCAGUGCAAAGCUCAACAUCCCUUAUGAAAAUUUCUAUGAAGCCCUGGAAAAGCUGAACAAGCCUUCCCAACUUAAAGACUCUGAGGACAAUCUAUAUAGCGACUAUGUUGAUGUUUUCUAUAACACGAAACCUUAUAAGCACAGAGACGACCGGCUGCUGCAAGCUCUGGUGGACAUUCUGAGAGAAGAAAAUUGAAAUAAGUGUGUGGUCCUGAGUUGGAAAUAUUCAUGCUUCCUCCUUCCCCUUAGAUUUUGCCUGUGUCUGAAGUGGUUGUUUUUGCCAUUGGUUCUUAUGCUUCUAAUAUCCUUUGUGGUACUUUUGCUUUUCCUCCCUAAAUUAGACAUAUGAAAGGGAUGAGCUCAAGUAGAGAACCCAACUUCCUGAGUUGAUCGUGACUCUUUCAAAUCACAUCUUCCCUGCCUGCACAAGUGACAUGUUUAGUUCUUUCUGGAGCCGUAGUUCAUUUUGCUUAAGGUCCUCACACCAUAUUAGAAUGCCUCCUUGGGCCCUCCCAUUUCAUUUCUCAAAAGAAAAGGCAUCAUCUGGACAAGAGAUUCAUUCGAAGAAGUAAUCUGCAAAUGGAACCGCUCCUCUAACUUUAACCCUGUGUUUGCCAUGGUUCUCUGAACUGUGAUGCCCAAAAGGGUUUGGAAAGUUUCUAAUGAAAGAGUUCAGAAAAGAAAAAAAAGAAAAGAAAAGAAGAGAAGAGAAAAGAAAGAAAAGAAAAGAAAAGAAAAAAGAAAAGAAAAGAAAAGAAAAAAAGAAAAAAAAAAAGUUCACAAUUAGACCCAUACACUUGGCUAUCCUACCCCACCAUACUACUCAUUCAGGGAGUGGCCAUUUGGUCCUUUAGGGGAGAAGCUGAGUAAUUUAGAUCCAGAAACAGUCCUUGAAAUCUGUGUUACCCAGUUUGAGUAGUUUUAGAACAUUUUUCUUUGCUUGGUGUGCCAUGCAGAGGCCUCCAUGGCUCUAAAGGUGCCCAGGACUUGUGUAUGUUCUGGUCUUCCUCUGUUUCCCCUAAUGAAAGUUCUCAUUACCUAUGUCCUUUCUCAGUCACAAACUGAAUUCUGAGAACUAAUUCAUAUUACUUUCUUAGAAUAAAACUUAGACUUGGGACUUGGCAAAUUCCUAGUCAUAUUUUUUUUUAACAAUACUAACAGGAAACCACUCAUGACACAGAGAACCAAUAUAAACAGGAAAAUAAUUAUAAUGGGAAGAGCCAAGGGGAGGUUUUGUUUGUUUUUAAAAUUGUAUUCAUUCAAACAGGUUUUUCUGGAUCUUUAAAACUGAGUGUUCAUUCCUUGCCACUAAAGGUUUUUCUCCAAUCUCACAGCUGAUAGUAUUCAAAUAUUUACCAAAUUGCUUCCAAUAGUCAGUUCAAGAGGACACAGACUGGCGGUUCACAGGCCUCAUAUGUCCCUCAGGUAGACUUUGUUUGGCAUGUCAAAUGAUUUAAAAAUGUGAGUGAUAACUGAAAAUAAGAAAUUUCACGUAAAACUUGAUUCUCAGACCCUUUUUCCCUCAUGGCAAUAGUUGGCCAGAGUUGAAUAGUAGCUGCCCAGCUAGAUUUGAGUCCCAGGCCCCUGAGGUACCCUGUUCCAUGUUGCUUACAGAGGCUACCUUACUGAUCAGCACCCAACAAGCAUUUAUUUUUCCCACUGCUGCACUAAACAAAUACAUACAAAGUAUAACUGUAUUGAGAAAAAAAAAUCCUCUAUUUCUUCCAGGUAGGAUAUGAUCAAUAACUAUGAGGACUUGCAAUGAUCUGGUUAACUUAUGGGUUGGGAAAAAUGAUAUUUUAGACCCUUGAAAGUACCUCUGAAAUCUUGAUAUACUCAUUUAAUCUCAUCUCCCCUGGAUGCUCAUUUAUAUUAAAUUUGUUAACUGCCAACCCCCAGCUUCCCAUUUUCUAUGUGCUCACAAAGGCUCCAGUCAUCCACCUAUAAUGCUGGCAUUUCCCCAUUUCAUUUGCUGUUUGUAAUUCUUCCAUCAAGUUAGAACUUCAUAAUGCCACACAUGAACUAGACCAAGAGGAUAACUACACUGAACUAGACCAGGAAGGAACACUAGAGUCUUUCACUUGCUAAGGUUUGAAGUGUGGUGGGUAAGUUUCACCAAGUUUCACCUCCUAGCCUACCAUUUGUAUUUGUGCACAAUGAAAGUAUUUGCAGAGCAAUCCCCAUGAUGCUUCAAGAAUGUUCUCUAAAAGAGCUGUAGUAUCACUCUACCCUUGAAAGUUUCACAUGUUGUUUGAUACAGAGUGUUGGACGGAAUUUUGAAAAUUGUAGCACAUCAAAAAGUAUUAAAGCCAAAAAGGACCAGAGAAUUAUUAGGUAAGUUUUCAAUUAAAUAACAAAGCUUAGGCCCAAAGAGGCCAAGAAAUAGUAAUGAAAAAAAACUCAUCUUUUCCCCUUUCCUACUUUCAUGUUCACUGUAAGAAGCUUUCUUUUUUUAUGCUUCUAACAGUAUCUUUUCCUGGGUAAAACCCCAACCAAUUCAUUGGAUUGUAGCCAAAGGUUCACUCUAGAAAAGCUUUAAUAUUUAAAUAAAGUCAUGUUUGAAUGUUUCCAACCUGGAGUAUAUUGUUCAGGCAUAAAAUAUUUUUGUCAGUCUUUCUUAGUGCCUGUGUGGAUUUUUGUGAAAAUGUAAAAGAGGAAACUUAUAUAAUAUUUCCCUCGGAAUUUUAAACUCUAUUUUCUUUACAGGUAUUUAUAAUGUACCAAUGCUUUUAUCAGAAUUUUAAAAAGCAUAAUAAAUUAUAUUAAAGAACCAAAAAUUUCCUGAGAAUAAGAAAGUUUCAUCCAAUAAAAUAUUUUUGAAAGGCAUGUUCCUCUGUCGGUGAAAAAAAAAGUAUAAUAUGUAUGUAUUGUGAUAUUAAAAGUGGCAUUUGUCUAAUAGCUUACUACAAUGCAUAGCUGAGUUUAACAUGUGUGGUCUUAGCAUUCUUAAGGGAAUUCCCACAUUAUACACUUGAUGUAUUAACCAGAAUAUGUAAAAUAUGCUUAUACUUCAGAAGAAUAAAUGG